CCGUUGAAUUCAUUUGCUCCAGCAGUAAAGUCCUACCUUUGAGCUUUGUCAAUGCUUUCGCUGUCCAAAAAGCUGGAAACACUUGAAUUGAAGUCGGGCUCUGAGGCUUCAGAUGAGCUCGGAGUUCCAGCUUCUUGCAAACCAAGAGGCUUAGACUUUGCCAACGAAACUAUAGGCUUUUUAGCGGCAUGCUCCUUCUCGUCUGAAUAUCCAGGUGCAUCCCCAGAAUUUGAAUUAACUCUCAAGUUCUUGAAGAUGAAGUUCUAGCUCUUUUCACUGAAG